AUGAAAUCCUUAAAAACAGCAUAGUGUAACGUAAUAAUAUAUCCGUGAAAUCCAGACGUGCGCAUUGACUCUUCGUAUUCAGUUAUUCAGUGUUGAAAAGGAAUCGCUCGGUGUCUGGGUUUCAUCGAUGCACAAUUAACUUGAAUACCAUUAAGAAUAUACAGUUCUGUUGUAACUAGUAAUCAAUAAAAAUACAUAAAUACUCAUCAUCGUCAUCUGAUACCUUAGUUAAGUUCAGCGAAAGAUUCUUUCGUGGUUAUCUGGUUACGUUAGUGAAUCACAAGAUUAUCGAUUUUUCUUGCUGCAGCAAAUUCAGAGAAAUAUUUGAAUUUAAUUUCGUUUAGAAAUUUUCUGAGUACGAUGGCUGUUAUGAUGAAAGCAAUAAAGUGUCCCACGGACGAAUUAUCGCUUAAAAACAGGGCCAUCGUGAACAGUACAGAUUUUCCAGAGGAUAUCAAGUACAUUGAUGUUUCUACUGCUCCUGGACAACAUUUUGUGUUUUCUGUGGAACGAUGCCCAGACAUACCUAAUUAUUGUAUAGGAUUCUCUCUCUUGCAGCGCAAGUGGGCAACUUUGUCAAUUAAUCAGGACAUAUCGGUGAAACCGUUUCAGUUUGAUCGCUCCUCUGAGAUUUUGUGUAGCGUGUGUAUUGAAGUUGAUUUUUUGCAAAAGAAAACUACUACUCUGGAACCGUACGAUAGUGAUCAGAUGGCCAAAGAUUUUAUUUUACAAUUUUCCGGUCUUGCGCUGACUGUUGGACAGCCAUUAGUUUUUAGCUUUGCUGAUAAAAAACUUCUCUGUCUUUGCAUUAAAUCAAUGGAAGCUAUUGAUGCUAACACUAGCAUGCAAGGAAGCAAAGCAGAACCAAAGAAAACCAAUUUUGGCCGACUGCUUGGAAAUACAACUGUAACAUUCGAAAAAAUGGAGAACUCUUCAAUCAAUUUAGUGGGCAAGGCUAAAGGGAAAAUUGUCAGACAAUCGAUCAUCAAUCCGGACUGGGAUUUUGGUAAAAUGGGAAUCGGUGGCUUGGACAAUGAAUUCAAUGCUAUUUUCCGACGUGCUUUUGCAUCUCGAGUGUUUCCUCCGGAAAUUGUUGAACAACUGGGAUGUAAGCAUGUAAAAGGCAUUUUACUAUACGGUCCCCCGGGAACCGGUAAAACACUGAUGGCACGUCAAAUUGGUAACAUGUUGAAUGCUCGCGAACCGAAAAUUGUAAACGGACCACAAAUUUUGGAUAAAUAUGUUGGUGAAUCUGAGGCUAACAUUCGACGACUGUUUGCAGAUGCUGAAGAGGAAGAAAAAAGGUUGGGUCCUAACAGUGGCUUGCACAUCAUCAUCUUUGAUGAAAUUGAUGCCAUAUGUAAAGCUCGCGGUAGCGUUGGAGGCAACAGUGGUGUUCAUGAUACCGUUGUUAACCAGCUUCUGGCUAAAAUUGAUGGCGUCGAACAGCUAAACAAUAUUUUGGUGAUCGGUAUGACCAAUCGACGAGAUAUGAUUGAUGAAGCUCUCUUGCGUCCAGGGCGAUUGGAGGUUCAAAUGGAAAUCAGUCUUCCAAACGAGAAUGGACGAGUUCAGAUCCUGAACAUUCAUACAAAACGUAUGAGAGAUUUCAAAAAAGUUGCCCCGGAUGUGGAUAACAAAGAACUAGCCUCCUUGACGAAGAACUUUAGUGGUGCUGAGUUGGAGGGUUUGGUUCGUGCUGCGCAAUCAACUGCUAUGAAUCGACUAAUUAAGGCCGCUUCCAAAGUAGAAGUUGACCCUGAGGCUAUGGAAAAGCUCAUGGUUAAUCGCAAUGAUUUUCUCCAUGCACUAGAGAAUGACAUCAAACCGGCUUUUGGAACCGCACAAGAGGCGUUGGAAAACUAUCUCUCUCGAGGAAUCAUCAAUUGGGGUUUGCCAGUUGCGCAUGUACUACAGGAUGGUGCCCUGUAUACGCAGCAAGCUCGGGCUGCCGAAGGUACCGGUUUGGUCUCAGUUCUGCUGGAAGGGCCACCGAAUUCUGGAAAAACUGCAUUGGCAGCUCAACUUGCAAAAAUGUCCGAUUUCCCGUUCGUAAAGGUUUGUACACCAGACGAAAUGGUUGGAUUCACGGAAAAUGCAAAAUGCUUACAAAUUCGAAAGUUCUUCGAUGAUGCCUAUCGCUCUACAUUGAGUUGUAUUUUGGUGGAUAAUAUCGAACGGCUGUUAGACUACGGUCCAAUCGGACCACGAUAUUCAAACUUGACUCUACAAGCUCUUCUUGUUCUACUUAAAAAACAACCACCGCGAGGAAAAAAGCUACUGAUUCUGUGCACUUCAAGCCGAAGACAAGUCCUGGAGGACAUGGAGAUGUUAUCUGCAUUUACAGCAGUUUUACAUGUACCGAAUCUCUCACAACCCGAGCAUAUUUUAUCGGUUUUGGAAGGAUUUGAUGAUGUUUUCACCAAACAGGAGUUAUCAGUAAUUUAUAAACGAAUGAAGGGUCAUAAAGUGUUCGUGGGUAUUAAAAAAUUGCUUGAUCUAAUAGAAUUGUCCAGACAAACCGAUCCGCAACAGCGCGCCAAUAAGUUCCUUUCCAAGUUGGAAGAAGAGGGAGCGCUCGAUGCAGGAACAUCCAUACACUAACUUAUAACUGGAGGGUAGCUAUGGACUCUAAGUAUUACAUCUUUCAAUGACAUAUUUUAAGAAAAAUGUAUGACAGCCCUUAUAAAGGUAUAAAAAAACAAGGUGAAAUAUUAAUGAUUGGUUGUCAACCGCUAAACAAUAUGUUUAUUCUAUGGGCAUUGUUCACAACAAUGCAUUUAUGAACAUGCUAAAAUACCAUCAAUUAUACAACUAUUAUUCUAUACACAAAAAGGCAUACGUAUUUACAAGUUUUCUUCUACGCUAGGAUAAAAGUUAUUCGACGAAACCAUACUAGAGAUAAUUUGCUUAUAUUUGAAGAAACAUCGUUUCUCAACCAUAUGGCAACGGUUCUAAAGUCAGUUUGAAUGAUAAAAAUGCAAUAAUUGUAGGUAUGCAACAAAUGUCUGUUAAUGGUAUUGCAAUGGUAUUUCAUAGCGUCUACCGAAAUACCUUACAACAGUUAGGUAUCUCUUGUUAAUUUUUCUAUCGUUUGUGAUUUUUGGAUUAUGAAACUUAAUGAGACCAUUAAGUUUCAUAAUCCAAGCUAAUAUCUAGGCUAAAAUUAUUUGUUAUUUCGUUGUAAAGUAACGAGAACAUAAGUUAGUGAAUAAUAAUCUAAUGCGCUUUAUGUCUAAGUUACCCUUCUCUAUUAAUAAGCAUAUAAAUUAGUCAAUAAGUAUAUACAUUAAUCGGUCUAUUAUUUCUCUUUUAUACUGUCGCCCAAAUUUCAACUGUGAAUCGAAGAUAGAUGAUGGUUUAUUAGUUCGAAAUUAUUUAUAUUGAGCAUGUGAUUUUAACGAAUAUCAUCAUUAGCAAAAAUAUUGUGUUACAGUCCUUGUUAUGCACAUUCCUUAUUUGUCAUUCGACAUGUGGUACGAACAUUUUCCAGCGCAAGAUCAGAAGUAACAUUAAAGCAGGUGUAACGAAAAAUAAAAUCGAAACUAAUCCAGAUUUUUUGGUUUUGUGUUGUAACAUUGCAAAUAUAUAGUAUAGUGUAUGUCGCUAUAAUUAAAUAGAUGAGAUUGAGGUUAAAAUUGAGGAAUAUUGAAAUAUUACAAUUAUAAUAAAUUGUUAUCAAGUAUAAUAUCGAAA